GCUAAAAAAUAAUAUUAAAAUACAUACAAAAUAAAUAAUAGGAAGAAUAAACAAACAAAAAACUGCAUAAAAUAAACCCUAAGACCAAAUAAUUUGUAAAACAUUUUUCGCAAAAAAAAAGAAUAAAGUUAAAGCUAAAUAAAACAUAACUGUUGAUAAUAAUGCUGAUGAUGAAAAUGAGGUUGUUCUCGUUUUUCCUCUAGUUCCAUUUUACCAAACAAAAUUCUAUAAGAAGAAAAUAACUACAGAAAAAAGGACCAACAACAUACAAUAUAAAUAAAGGAUUAAACAGUUGUUACAAAUUCUGUUGUUAUAUAUAUAUAUAUAUACUUUUUUCAUUAUUUAUCAUCCUUCUUGUUUGUUGACUGACUGAUUUCAUUAUGCUGAAAACCAUGUUGCUGAAAAAUAUGACGACAACACUGAUGAUGACGAUGUUGCCGCUGCUGCAUUCAAAUAUUUAAAGGUCACACAGCAGCAAAUUGUUUUCAGUUUUGUUUGUGAAUAUAAAAGUUUAUGCUGUGACUUUGAAAGUGUAUGAAUGAUUUUUGCAGAAAAAAGAUUUAGAUGAAGUUGUUAAGAUUAGGAAAUAUGCAAUAUCAUAGUUGAAAUACGAAUAGCUAGAAAACAACAAAAGCAGCAAAACUGGAGCACUCAAAAGCAACAACACAUUGAAAAUUAUCUCAAGAAUUUGUGUUUGUAGUAUAAAUACGCAAUUUAAAUUGAACUACAGCAACUACCACUUCAAAUACUAAACUAUAUCCGUAUCCUUGCUUGCACACACAUACACAGACUAACAUUCGUUUAUUUUGCCACGAAAUGAGUUCAUGACUGUGUGUGUGUCGUUGUGAGUGCUGGAUAAAUGAAAGAAAAUAACAAUUUUAUUUAAAGAUUCACAUAAAAUCUCAUUUCAAACAACACGGUUGCAAAUCAUUUAACAGAAAAAUUGCAAGAAACCAGUAAAAAGAACGAAUAGUUUUUACUUUUUUACAGCAAAUGUACAUUGUGAAGCAUCCUUUGCAACCAACAGUACACGUAAAGCAAACAAAGGAAAAAAUUAAAAAAGGGAAUUAAGUGAGAAAAAUUGUAGGAAAAAAAGAACUGAAAAUAAAAGAAACGAUCAAUGUGAAACGCUAACAUUGAGCAUAACAAUGCCCUAGCAAUUCGGUCGUAAAAUUUCACUUUAACAUUGACCACAAACAUAACACCAAACGUUCUAAAAGUAGUCAUCAAAAAAAAAGAGACAACAAGAAACGGAAAUCAUGUCAACAUAAAUAGCAGCCAAAACAAGAAUUUAUCCAAAAACAACAAAUAAGAAAAAAACACUUACAAAACUACAAAAAAAAAAAUAUUACCGACACUAAGUCAUCCACCCAGACGUAAUAAAGUGAAAAACAAUAAUAAUAAUACAACUUCCCUUUAUUGUGAAGUGCGUUACGUUGGACACCGAUUGAUUUUGGAUAAAAUGAAGCAUUUGAAAUUUAAAGUCGGGUUUAUUUACUACAAUAUUAUCAACAGAUUUAAAGGAUGAAGAGUGGCACGUUAUAUUGGAAUAUCUCAUUUGUUAUACAAAAUUUGUUAACCUUUGCCCUGGUCAUCGGUUUACAAAAUCAUUUUCUAUAUACAAUAACAAAAACUGUAACAGUUGUGGCAGUGGCCUUACCACAGACACAGGCAGUAGUUGGAUCUACAGCCGCAUUAGUUGAAAGUUUACAAUUCAAUGCUUUCGAUACAACACAUAGUACUUUUGCCUCAUCGCCGUCGUCAUCGUCGUCCUGGUCAUCAUCAUAUUUACCAUCAUCAUCAUCGUCUUUUGAAGGAGCUGGUGGUGCUAUACAGCAGAAAUUUUCAUCACCUUCUCUAGCAUCGUCUGUUGCAUAUCCCACAUCAUCAACAACAAUGUCUGGUUUUCACAAUACUAAGACGUCCAGAAUUAUGAGCAACAUCAACAGUAUUAGCCCAACACAAACGAUAAACUUAAUACUCACUACAUUUAGAACCAGGGGCAACAGUAGGAAUAGUGGCAACACUAGUGGUGACAGCAGUGGCGUUAGUUUAAGUACCAUGUUGUUGGGCAAACAACAAAAUACUUUAAGUUCUUAUGCACCCACUACCAGUAUCAGUCAUGGUAGUGGAUUGUCAUUUAAAAAUGUUAAGAAAAGCAAAAGCAAAAACACCAUCACAGCCAGCGAUACGAGCAGAAGUCAAGGUAGCAGCAGUUUUUAUAAUAAUGACCAACAAGAACAGCAAAACCAGCAGCAGCAUUUUCCACUUGACUUUACAUUUUCAAAAAAUCAUUGGACAAAUUCAGAUGCUGCUCUUAAUGGGGGAGUGGACGCAGGUAUUGUUGGUACAAAUAGUGGUGCUAGUGGUGUUGUUGGCAAUUUUAGACUGGCCUCUCUAUCAUCUGUAACAUCUUCAUCCUCAUCAUCAAUAACAGCGUUUUCGUCGUCGUCAUCAUCAUCAGCGACGGAGACAGAAAGACCGCGUAUAUUUCGUAACAAACAUCAUCAUGAACGUCAUUGGGGGCCAUUUUUUGAAGAGCCACUCAACUCAACAACCUCAGGCGAUAAUAGUAUAACAACAGCCCAUCUCUAUACGGAAGCAGUACUUAACUGUCGAGUUGGUAUGCUGAAAGACAAAACGGUCAUGUGGGUGAGACGGACAUCGGAAAAAGUAUCACUAUUGACUGUGGGUAAUGUCACCUAUAGUAGCGACCCUAGAAUACGCGUUAAAUUUCAGUAUCCCAACAAUUGGCGUCUGCUGAUAAAUCCCACCCAAUGGGAUGAUGCCGGCAUUUAUAUGUGCCAAGUAUCAACACAUCCACCACGGGUUUUUACAACAAAUUUAACCGUUAUAGAACCUCCUUUGCGUUUAAUUGAUGACCAAGAACGAGAUGUUGGUGAUCGUUAUUAUAAAACUGGCAGCACCAUUGACUUGCAGUGUCAAGUUUCCCGUAGCUUUUUAUACAAAGAAAAACAAAAUAUUUUAAAAUCCCUUAAGCCUUUAAAUGUACACAAUGACAGUAACACCACCAGCAGCAGUAGCACUACUACCACCAGCAGUAGUAGUUUUCGUGGCACUAGCAGUAGUAGUGGUAUUGGUAGCAAUACAUUAAAUCCAGGCUACAGUAACAACAACAGCAAUAACAAGAAUCAAACUAAAAUGAUUGCCAACAAAAAUAAUAAACAUGUUAGUCCUGCUACCAACAUAAAUGGUAUCACAUCGCCCUCUUCUUCUGCAACUACAACCACCACUGGCUUUGGUGUUUUCAACAAUGAUUUAUUACAAAAUAUAAACCAAUCUACAACAUCCGCUGACAAGCAGGGAAUUGCUCUUGAACAACAAUUCAGUAAUUUAGUGUUUUGGUCAAAAGAUGAUGAAGAACUUCCGCCGACGGCCUUAAAACGUAUAAGUUCGAACGAUAAAUGGCUUACGAGUCGAGUUACAAUCACCGAUGCAAAAUUAACUGACAGUGGUAAUUAUUCAUGUUCGAUUGGGCGACUGUUUACGGCCAUUGUACAGGUGCAAGUGUUGACAGGUGAAUUACCAGCAGCUGUGCAACAUAAUUCUGCAGCAGCUGUAGUUGUGUGCAACAUAAGCAUAAGAGAAUUGAUACAAUUAUAUUGGAUUUACGUUACAGCUGCCUACUUUAUUAUGAACUAAAUAAUACCGUUAUACAUAUGGCAGGCAGGCAGGCUGGCAGCCUUCGUUUGGUGGCAGAAACAGUUGACAAUUGCAGUUAUUAAGUUAAUUAAAACAACAGCUGUAAAAGUCAACAACAUGCAACAAAGAAACAACAAAAACAUAUACAAAGCCAAAAAUAAAGAAAAACUUAAAAAUAAUUAUUAAAAAUUUAAUAUAAAAGAAGUAAAAUAAUAAAAUAUGUAAUAGGCUAAAGGAAAAGUAAAAAAAUCCCCUUUUCUCUUAAUUAACAACUGUCAACAGCCAAUUAACACCCACUAGCAACUCAACAGCAAAAAAACAGCAGCAACAUAACUUGCAAAGAAUCUGGGCUUUACAGAAAUAGAAAGUGUAUAAUUUUUGUUUUAAUUAAAUACUUAAAGACUUCCCUUUUUCCAGUAGCAAAAGAAAUUGUUAUAUUUACGCUCAUUGCUCUGACAGCGCAAGACGCAAAAUAACUUUUUCUUCUUACUAGCAAUUUGUUUAUAUUUUUGUCGUUUCUUUACUCUAAAGUGUCCUUUUGUUCCGAGUGUUGUUGUUUAAAUAAAUUCCAUAAUUACAAAAAAUUACUAAGUAAAAAAUCACAACAGAACUGGAGUAAAACUAAGAACACCAGUUGUCAAAAGCCAUAAUAAUAUUAUUUUCCCCCACCAAAAAAAAACACACACACAGAAACAAAAUUGUUAUUUUUUCCAACAUGCAGAAAUAAAAUGUCAUUUUGUACAUAAAUAUGAAAUGUUUUCACCUUCCUGUUCAACUUAUAUAUAAGCAGAUGCAGGUAGUUAUGUUUAAAAUAAUAGCAUUAAAAAGUUUUUUUGGGAGUAGUUUAAGUUGUAAAAAUUUGUCUUUAAAAUUAUUUUUCGAUUUUGUUUAAAACAUCCACUAUUUUAGUGAGCUAUGUUGUAGCAAGUCGCUUAAAGUUAGUUAUAGUUUACAAGUUUUUUUUUUCCGGAAAUUCGAUUUCCUUAUCUUCCACCGCUCCCUUACUGACCUCAAAUGUGUGUGCAGUUGCGUAAAAGUUGAAAAGUUGUUUAUGGCCAAAAGUACUACAGUGGAAGGGUAUUAUGCAUUUUAGUGUAUGUUUGUAACUCUCAACAGCCGACUAAUUUAUGUUUUUUUAUAUAAACUUGUUUUUCUAUAUAAAUUUAAGAAAUAUUUAUUUUCAGAGUUAAAAAAGCUAAGACUAUGAUUUUCAGGUCUUCUAAGACCCAUGUUUACACUUGACUUUAAAGGGAGACCAUCUUAUAUACAUUAUGCUACAGGUCUUCUUACAAACUUUCGUCUAAAGAAGUCCGUUUAAUAAAACUUUCUAUCAGCCCUCGAACAGAAGCGAGAAAACUUCUAUGUAAAAAUUACUUCAAUUUGCAAUGGGUUGGUUUAUUUAGCCAUUGCAAUACAGUUGCAAAUUACAUUCUUACUAAAUAUACCGAUCAGGGUAACGACGAUCAUACGCCCUUUAGAGUGUAAAUGAGUUUCUGGUUGGAAUCAAACCCAUAACCCCCAGAAUGAUAGGAUAGCACUCUGUCAACUAGCCUACCGAGGGACCCUUCUUCACAAUGUUUACUAAUUAUUCAGUUAUACUAAAUAGCAUUUUAAACACAAUUCUACAACAUUGGCCUAGAAUGGUGGCAACUGUUUAUAAAUUUUUAUUUUUAUUUUUAAUGUUGAUUGUUUUAAUUAUUUUUUUAAUAGAAAAAAAUAUAUUUUUUUACAAAUUUGAUAAUUGUUUUAAAAUAAACCGUGGUAGCACAUGCUUUGAUUAUGGUUAUAUAAGAUUCGAUGUAGCCGCUGUUGACCGACUCUUCUGUACUUCUUCUUUCACUAUAUUCUUAUUCUCUCUGCAAUAAAUAUUGCCCAGUAUUUGUUGGUCGGUUGGGUGGCUGGUGAAUUGUUGGCUUUGACAACAAAUAACAAAAAAGUUUAGUUAAUAUAUAUAAAAAAAGUUUUCACUUUCAUAUAUAUACACACUUACUCGUAUAUAUUUAUAGUAGUAUAUAUGUACAACAUGUAUAUUAUUAUUUCCUCUCUCACACAAUUUUUUUGUUACUUUCCUUACUAAUGACAAAUAUUGUUGUAAGUUUUAUUUAAUUUUUUUUAUAUAUGUAUAAGUAAAAGUAUAACUAUGUAUGUAUCUAUGUUGAAAACGUAAAUUGUAAAUAUUUUUCUACUUUUAUUUUCUUUACUAUAGUUUUCUCUUUACUGUCAAACUAUAAAGGUAUAAAAAAAUCCUUUUUCAAAAUAAGUAUUAAAUAAAUAAAAAAAAACACAGAAAUUCAAAUCAUAUUUGUACACUCAAAUACAUUUUCAUUCAUACUAACUUACACUCUGUUACUGUUAGAAACAUGCAUAUAAAAGUAAUUUAAUUUAAAUUUGAUUCUAAAUUUAAUAAGAUUUCAAUGUCAUAUUUUCCAGAGAAAUGAAAAUGAAAAAAAGAGAAAACAUAAUUUUUUUAUUUAUUAGAAUAAAAAAGUCAAAAUUUACACACUCACUUACAUACAUGAAACUACAAGAAUACACAGUCAUACAUACUUUCAGACACAGUUACACAUAUACACUACAUAUAAAUUUAUGAAUAUUGAAUAAAAUAUAUUAUGGAAUGAGUAAAAAUAAAUAAAUGAACAAAAAUAUAAAACAAAACAAACGUAUUUCGUUCUAAAUCAAA